AUGCCGACGCGCUUCAAGUACCGCCAGGUCAUGCCCAACGACUACGGCCUCUCCACAGAGGAGAUCCUGCAUGCUGAGGAUAAGGAGCUCAACGGGUGGGUGUCGGUGAAGAAGCUGUCAAAGUACCGCAGCGAGGACGAGGAGAAGCACGACGUCCGCAAGUACAAACGCCGCGCAAAGAACAAGGUGAAGAAGCUGCAACAACUGCCGUCCAUAGCACCGCUGCUCAAGCAAAAGGACAAGAAGCAGCACAAGAAGAAGGACAGGCACGAAGGUGCUGACGGCAAUGACAAGGCGGCAGACGCAGCAGAGGAGAAGGAGGAGAAGAAGCACAAACAGCAAGAGGAUGAUGGCGAUGAUGGUGCAGGCGAAGGGGAUGAGCAGCCGAGGAAGCGGGCAAAGACAGAGAAGAAGAAGAAGAAGAAGACAAGCAGCGGCGCAGAUAAGGACGCAAGCAGCACGAAGAAGAGGAACGGCAAGAAGAAGGGCGACAAGGGAGGCAAGAAGAGCGAUAAGGGCCACAGGAAGGGGAAGAAGGCGAAACCCGCCAACAUCUCCGCUUCUCGCUUGAAACUGUACAAGUCGCUCGCAACCAGGCCGCCAGAGUGA